CAUCUCAUCGUAUUGGUUUAUAUAUUCAGUGGUGGUAUUUCUUUCACAGUCGAAUUUUACCUUCGUCCCAACGGCCGGAUCAACUUGCGCCUCAACGACUUCACGUUUUACAAGCACCUGAAGGCCAGAACCAACGCUCACCGCUGGAGCUGCACCGCCUACGGCUCCAAGUGGAAGUGCAAGGCUCACCUCGUCAUUACCGACAAACUUGAAGUUCUCAAAGCUAAUGUCACACACAGCCACCCUCCGAGCAAGAAGAAACCCACUUCUAAGAAAAGCGACGAAAUACGCAAACUAGAAUUCAUGAAACAAGUUGAACUGCAGAAGAUUGCCAAGCCUAAGAGAGAGAAGAAAGAGAAACAGCCUAGCAUUCGCGUAAAGAAUUUUGAUAACCCAGAAAUGCAGCUUAACCCUAUGGAUAACCCUGAAUAUGAUGAUCUCGGUUUCCGCGUGGAGCCACCGAUGUCAUCGUUGCAAGAUUAUUUGAUAGCUCACAGUGUUUUCGCUGAUUACUAGUUUAUAAGUUUUUCUGACUAUCUUACUAUGACGUUUUUACAUCACAAUAUGCUUAUUCCUAGUAGUAGAUUAGAUUAUAUUGCAAAUUCGGUUACCUAGUUGGUUGAAUGCAUCUUUAUCACUGCCUACGAGAUUUUAGCUGCUGAUAAUUCACUUAUAUCAAAUCUA